CAGGGAGAGAGACAGACACACAACCCAUGCGUGGGCCUUCCGCUCGCUCUCAUUCAGUCCUACGUAGGCCUAUUCCAUGGAAAGUAAGAGUGCACUUGGGAAACUGUUUGUACCCUCCACUCUCGACGCCAAGGAUGAAUUGGAAGAGAAACUGGAGAAGUCAUGGGGAAGUGUCCAGAGCUUGAUCAAUGGAUUGUCAGAUAAAGAGACGCAUGACAUUUUGAAUACAACAGUGAGCAGCAGUGCACUACAGCAUGAAGAAGUGUCAAUUGGACUCCUUACUGCUGCCCUCCUUGACCCUUCCUCUUCAGCCAAGAGGAUCCGGGACUUGCUGCUCAUUUCCCGAGAUGGCUUGCAGUUGGUGCUGAGUUUCACGAACCAGUUGAUACUGAAGAAGUUCCGGCGUCUCACAGAUGCAAGCAAGCAGCAGCUGUUGUUGCUGCUCAGGGAAUUCAUCCGCUCUUCCAUCAAUGCCACUGAUACAUUAUGCUUGAACCUCCUACGACAGAUCCCUGGAGGUGAUCUCUCACCCAAGAACUUGGUCUUCAUUGAAGCCAUGCUUGACCUUCUCAGUGACAGCAGAGCAUGGAUGGAGAAGCAACCACACUUGAUUGCAUCAGUGGUGUACACUUACUUACGCUUGGUGGAGGACCACUUGGCCCCACAGUGUGUCGCUCUGAGGCAGAAGGAGGUCGUCUUCCUCAUUGGCAUGCUUCGAGAUAGAUUCACCGACUGCAUGAUGAUUGGUCGAGAUCUUGUCCGCCUUCUGCAAAAUGUGGCCCGUAUACCUGAAUUUGACCGCUUCUGGCGGGAUCUCCUUCAUAACCCAACCUCUCUCUCUCCUAACUUUACCGGCCUGUUGCAGUUAUUGCAGAUGCGAACAUCACGCCGCUUCCUUCAGCUCCGUCUCACUCCAGACAUGGAGGAGAAAAUUGUGUUCCUUACCUCCCAAGUACGUUUUGGGAAUCAAAAGAGAUAUCAAGAUUGGUUCCAAAGACAGUACUUGGCAACACCAGAGUCUCAGUCCCUGCGUUGUGACCUGAUCCGAUUUAUCGUGGGUGUGAUUCAUCCGACAAACGAGCUCCUCUGCUCUGAUGUCAUUCCUCGCUGGGCAGUCAUUGGGUGGCUCCUCACCACCUGUACAUCCAAUGUAGCUGCUGCCAAUGCCAAGUUGGCUCUCUUCUAUGAUUGGCUCUUCUAUGACCCUGAAAAGGACAACAUUAUGAAUGUUGAACCUGCAAUUUUGGUAAUGCAUCACUCCAUGCGACCUCAUCCUGCUGUUACUGCCACACUUCUUGACUUCCUCUGCCGGGUGAUACCGAACUUCUAUCCACCUCUGCUUGAUAAAGUACGUCAGGGGAUCCACAAUGCUCUGAGGCAGAUCCUCAAAAAGGGGGUUCUCCCAUCUCUCUCCCCCCUCUUUGACAACAACCGUCUGGACAAAGAACUGCGGGGCAUGUUGAAGGAGAACUUCUCAGAAUUCUGUGACAACCCACAGACUGCCCCAGAAGCAGUCAAGGUCCUGGAUGACUCUCCUGCCACAUAUGCCCGGUACCUUCCAAUGCCUCGUGAGAACAAUGUUCAUGACCUGGAUGCACCUAAGGUUGAGAACCACGUGACAGAGCCUGAUUUUAGUGAUGAAGAUAACGAAGAUGUCAUCAAUGGGAAGGUCAAACUGAAGGACUUCAAAUACAAACCUGUGGAAGAGGUGAAGCAGACAGCAUUGGAAGGAGUGGACAAAAUCAGAAAUGAAACACUGAAAAGUUACCUGAGGCAGCUGGCAGAAGAGUCUGACAGCUGUGUGCUUAUGGAGAACUUUGUGAAGGCACUUGUUGAGGUGGAUGAGGAGAUGGAUGAUCAAUACUCCCCUCUUGCCAUGCUGAUCUGUGGGGUCCUUGAAGACCAGCUGACAGAAACCCUCCUUCCCAAUCAAGUGAAUGAGGAGACUCUCGCUGAAUCCCUUGACAAGCCUCUUUUUGUCUUAUUUCGGAACCUGAGCCAGAGCUCCUCUGAUGAUCGGGAGAAUGAGAUCCUCCUAAACCUGAUCUCAGAGAUGCAUCAGUACUACCCCAGCCUAGGGUAUCGUCUUCUCUAUUUCCUAAAAGCCAAUUCAGAAGAAAAUGCCAAGGAUCCCUACUCUUUAUAUAAAGACUUCAAUGAUCAUGCUGACCGAGAGCUAAAGUCAGCAUUGUUGGCUGACAUGGAAUGCUGCCAGCAGGAUGAUCAGGGAUUAUUUUGCUGGCUGAUACCUGACCUCUACAAGCACUUUGCAUCGUGUUGUGUCAAGAAUGCUGAGUUGUUGCGACUCAUGGCAUCAUCUGUUGAUGCAUCGCAACUGAACUCCUUGAUCUGUUCUGUGAUCCGUGGGGAUGUUGUGAUGUUCCGGAAAGACUCCUUCGUCCCUGUGCUGAAGACUAGCCUCACAUGGGAGACAUGGGAGCAGAUGUGUGUAUGGCAGCUGGUGUCAGCACACAACAUCCCAGUCUCAUAUGUUGCCCCGCUCUUGUCAAGUCUCAGUGUCACCCGACACCCCGAGGCCAUGACUGCCAUGCUGUCCCUCUUUCGCCAUGAGAAACCAUCCACAGAACUCUUGAAAAACAUCAUGUCCUCUUCAGGACGUAAAGGGCUGGAAGUGAGCACCAUGUUGUUAGUGCAGUGGUGCAAAGAAUAUGAGGACGUCCUGUCGCAGAGUUUCAGUUCAUUGAUCAACCUUCAUGUGAAUCUUGCAAAGCGGAAACGUGGUUCAAAUCAGACCCAAAAGCCACCUGCUGGUCCUAGCCUGGAUCAGGUUCUUGGUCACCUUCAGUCACUCUGCUCAGCCAUCAAAACCUCAAUUUUAAACAGUGAGGCAGUGCAGCAAGCACUCCAACAAGCCUCUACCACCUGCAGUGAUUCCCAGCGCAAGAAAUUCAAGGACCUCUUUGCGGAAGUGAAGCCAAAGAACCUGCCAAAGUCCCCUGUGAAAAAGGGGAGGACGAACAAACGAAACCACGUUUCAGACUCCUCAGAAUCCAGUUCAGAAGAGGAAGAAAUUAAGACUAAGCCAGCCAAGAAACGUCGGACGAACACUGUGCACUCGGACAGUGAGUGAUGCCCCUUUGAAAGUGGCAGCCUUGACCAAUUGGGGCUGGCAUUGUUGCAGUCUGCACUAAGUCGACAGUGGCAUCUUCACUGUCCUCUCGGUUGAGGGUGGAAUCUUCCCAGUCCUCUCGGUUGAGGGUCGUCGCAUCUUCACGGUCCUCGGUCCACGUCUGUGAUUCGGAAGGUCGUGAGACCCCCGUGUCGUCGUCUUUCGAUCCUUCCAUCAGUCAAGAUCCAGCUGAGGGAUGUCAUGUGAUAGUACCUGAGAUGAAUGCAUGAUUGAGUGACAAGCACGCUGUAUGAACAGGUAAGACGGAGAGAGAAGAACACUAAGUCCUCUCAUUGAUGUCAUUUCUUUCACAUCAUUUCCUUCCUUUGCACCCUUAUCUUUCUUUGAUUAUAUUUGGAUCUGGAGAGAUUGAGGAG